UCACUGGAAGUCUGCCUUCCAAAUGGCAAUACAUAUGUACACAUACAUAUAGACAUGCGGGACACACGGAUAUUAAGUGAAUGGGCAUAUUGUUUAUACCUUUAGAGUCACUGAAGACCUUAGCGCUGCUGCAUUCGUUCCGUGGAGCACAGUUUGAAUGGAAGUGUCCGAUGGCGAAGUCGCAUGCGGCGCGCGUCGGUGAAAUACUUAACAGUUCCCUUAAAAAUGUAUGUUAAUAAUUAAAGUUUGUUGUAAAAUAAAAAAAAAAUCAGAACAAUAAAUUAUAUAACCAGUUUAUAUGUUUAAGUGUGUUAAAAAGUGCAAGAAAAGUUGAAAUUUACUCAGAAAAAAAUUGUAUAAAUUAUCAAAUCUUGCUGUGCAUUGAAAAUACUCGAAGAGGAAGCUCAAAUCACGACAUAUGUUUGCUACAGGAAGUGAAAGUGUUGACAGGAAAUGAAAAGCCAAAUAAAAUAAAAAAAUAAAACGCAAACGAAAUAGUGCAUGAAAAGUGUGAAAUAUAUUUGUUAAAAAAUCAUAAAAUUUAAUUGAAGUUGUUGGCAAAUAAAUGAAUUUGCUAUUAAAAAAUUAUUAAUUAAUUGAGAAAAAAUUGAGAACCAUUUAAAGUGAGAAAGUAAUACUUCAAACAUAAAUAAAAUAAAAGAAGAUAUAUUUUGAAAAAAUUAAAAAAAAGUUAACUGAUGAUUAAUACAUUCAAUUAGUGUAUGAAAUCAAGUUAUCUGAAAUUAUAGUGAAAUUUAUAUGAAAACACACAAGUGAAAAUAUGCGGAAGUGGGAAAAAUGCAAAACACUUUAACUAAAGGUGCGGCUCACGUUGUGGCUUCCAGUUGAAUAUAGAAUCCAACAAAUCGCGCAUAAAAAAAGCAAAAUUAAAUCAAAACAUCGGUAAUUGUAAUGUGAAUAGGGUAAAAAUAUUUGCUCAAUCGCAAUUAGACAAUUUCAAGACCUUGCAACAAAAUGUUCCAACUAUUAUGUCUGCUAAUUUCCUUGCCAAGGCGAAAUGUCACGACGAGAGCAUUAAUUUCCCACUGCGAAAUCAAAAGUAAAAAUAAGAAAUAAACGCAAUAAUUAAUAAAAGAAAAUAACGGCAAGAAAAUCUACGCGCAACUUUGCAACAGCACGGAAGCUGCGAGUCUACACAGCGCAAUAUCCGCUCACCAGAUACGAACGAGAGGAAACUCAUUUGCGCCAAACUGUAAAACACGGCAGAAAGCACAAACGAUACAAUAUAAGCAGGCGUACGAGACGUUGCAACAUUGUUGUUGCAUGCAAAAAUAUCAAAAACGCGUAAGCGGUUAAGUCUUUUUUAGCGCAAGUGAUUUAUUGAGCUCAAAGUUGCAGCUGACAGCAGGCGCAUAAAAUGCUGCACCAAAUAAUUACAACAACAACUGCAAUUACGAACUGCUUAUUAAUUUCUUAAGCACAAAUUCAUUUACACACAAAAGUAAGUAGAACAUGUUGCAUGUGGCCAUACAGCGCUUGGCGUCAGCUGACGCUGCUAAAGCGGCGGCGGCAGCGGCGCUCCCGUCAACAUCGUCCGCAGCCGCGUCCUCAACGGCGUUCGACAGCGCCAGCUCCGAGCAGUUGUGGAGCAGUAAUAUAUUCAGUGAUGACGGCAGUGGCGAGGAGUUGUACGAGGCGUCUGGCUUUGCGGUGUUGUGGAGCACCGACAGCAACAACAACAAUGUCACAUUUAAUACCACAGAAUUUGUAAUGGCUUCCGCGAAUGGUAUACUCCUGCGUACGAUCACUUCGUUGCAAGACGUCACGACGGUGGCGACAGACUUCGUUGAUCACCCCUUUGAUCCGUAUGAAACGCACGAGAACAACUAUUGGGGUUUGCUGGCGCUGGUUUUGGUCUUCGCCACCGCCGCCGGCAAUAUUCUCGUCUGUCUGGCGAUCUAUUUGGAACGCCGUUUGCAGAAUGUUACCAACUAUUUUCUCAUGUCGCUGGCGAUCACUGAUCUGAUGGUGGCGGUGCUCGUGAUGCCACUCGGCAUACUGACGCUGGUGAAGGGUUAUUUUCCGCUCAGCUCGUUGUGGUGUCUCGCUUGGAUUUGUCUGGAUGUGCUCUUCUGCACGGCGAGUAUAAUGCAUCUCUGCACCAUUUCGGUGGAUCGCUUCUUUUCGCUGGCGUUUCCCAUGCGUUUUGGUCGGAAUAAGACGAGUCGGCGUGUUUUUUUGAAAAUCGGUCUUGUAUGGUUCCUAUCGGUAGCAACGAGUUUGCCGUUGUGCUUGAUGUACUCGCAGAAUCACGCUUCGGUGCUAAUUAACGGUACUUGUCAGAUACCGGAUCCUAUUUACAAAUUAGUUGGAUCGAUAAUUUGCUUUUACAUUCCACUCUUCGUUAUGCUACUCACAUAUUGUUUGACUAUACGUCUCUUGGCAAAGAAAAGUCAUAACCUUGGCGGCAUGUGUCAACCGCAACCGCCCGGCUGGGCGAGCACUUGGCUUGGACAAAGCAGCGCGUUCGAACGCCGUCGCACAUGGCGACGUUUCCUCAGGCCGAGCUCCACGGCAGUGACACAAUCGGCACAAUCGGCCAACUCCACCGACACCGAGUUGUCCACGCUGGACACACACGAACUGUGGCUAGCCGAAUCAAACACUACGGAGCCGACAGCGACCACCAUGACGGCGCUGCAGCAAUUUGGUGCCGAAAUGUUGAAGUUGUCGCGUGGCCUGGAAUCGGUGGCUUCCUCUUCGACCACCUGCUCGCCAACCAAAUCCGAAUUUUCAUCAACAAAUCACUUCACCAGCAGCAGUCCGCAGCACUACUCGGCCAACAAGCAGUCCAAUCAACAGCAGCAACAGCAUGUGAGUGGGGAGCAUUUACAAAUACCCACAGCGGCGCUUGCGGCUGCCACGGCGGAUAGUACGCUGUUGCUGCGUGGAGCGAGUUUACGGCGGAGCGCGCGCCGGGGACGUAAAAGAUCGCUUUCGCCGUCUUGCAAGCCACAACACGCAAUGAUGACUUCGAAAAAUCGGCGUCGCUAUUCCACAGCCACGCAGGGGGCACGCGAAGUGCGCGCCGAUACGCCACCACCGCAGCGACGCAAUCGUUUCAACAGUUUGCCGAAAAAUGCGCUACUCUUCCUUUCCCGCCAAUCCAGUCAAGCGACAAGCAGCACAGAAGGCGAUGGCACACCCGCGAAAGGACAUUCCGACACGGAGGUGGAGCAAAACGGCAAAGCGCAAUGUCAGCGCAGCAACGAUAAACAAGCAGAGCUGCCACCUAUCUGCACAUGCCCCUACUUUGGCGAUCGACCGCUGCAGAAUUGUGUCAAACCGACCGAGGUGAAAAUCAUACCCACCACUUUCAAGGUGACCAAUGUAAUGGAAAUUGAAAGUUUGCUAAAUCCACCAGAGGAAGAAUUGACUAGCAUAUUGGUUACCAGCAACAGCAGUGGCAAUGGCAACGCUGUCACACAUCUGAGUCCCAACACAGCGGAACGCAUGAACAACAAACACAGUGCUAGUUCGCUAACUGUACACUCCAGUGAUGGCAGCACGCCGAGUAGUUACUUGAGUGUCGCAGCUCAGCCGGGUACACCGUGCCCCGGGCGUCGUAAACUCAGUAUUUCGAAAACAGCAUCGGUUAUCACCUGGGAUGCGAGUCGUCAUCGCAGACGCGGUUCCAGCUUCGGCAGUGCGCGAACUACGCUGCUGAUGGCACCAACCAAAACCGGCACGGUACUCACGAGCUCCUCCUCGGCAACACCGCUGCGGCGUUCCGCCACGCUACGGAGUCACAACAACAUGAAUUAUCUACAAGUUUCCACGGCCUGCGAUGGCACAGUGAAUGUCGUCGAGGCGGGCCGAUUGCGUACAAAAUCCAGCACGCCACAUUCUUCACCAUGCCUACUGCAACGCAACCAAACCGUACGCUCACAUCAUUCACGUAACUCAAGCGUGAUUUCACGCAACUCCUCACGUCACGGCCGUAUCAUCAAACUCGAACAGAAGGCGACCAAAGUGCUGGGUGUGGUAUUCUUCACGUUCGUCAUACUUUGGUCACCAUUCUUUGUACUCAAUUUGCUGCCGACGAUAUGCGGUGAUUGUGAGAAUCGUAUAGCGCACUGGGUCUUUGAUGUAGUCACCUGGCUGGGCUAUGCCUCGUCCAUGGUAAAUCCCAUUUUCUACACCACCUUCAACGAGGUGUUUCGUAAGGCCUUCAAAAAGGUGCUCACUUGCCAAUACUCGACCACGACCAAUUGGAAUCCGAGCAUGUAGCAGCAACUGGAAAUUACGAAGACGAAAGUCAAACAGCAGCCGUCGGAUACGAGCUCAUCCGGUCUGUUGGCGAUUAUUAAACGUCGUAGCUCGUCAAGUCGCAGCGGUAGCCGCAGUAGAUAGAUAAGGGAGUUUGGCACAGACUGUGUACAGCUUUGAAUGGGUGUGUGUGAGGUAGUGUGUAUAUAACUGUGUGCUGAUUGUAGUCAAGUAAAUAGAUUAAUAUUUAAUGUAUUAAGUAACACAGUGAACUAAGCUCUCAGCUAAUUUAUAGUGUAUAAGUAAAAUUAGUAUAUAUUUGUAUGUGUGUGGUUUUAAGAAACCACAUACUUCAUAGCAUGUAUUUCCAUAUGCUCUCGAGAUAGUGUGUAAAUAGCUGCAAGCAUGUAGAUAUCGCUAUAUUAGGGUGCUUCUUACUCACAUAUGGUAUAAAAAAAGGUUUUAUAUACUAAAUUACCUAAACCUUUGUCUCUGCAAGGCAGUCGAAGACCACACUUAUAAAUUUAAAAAGGUUUCAUCACGAAAGAUCUUUCAUUUCACUUUCUCGGUUUGUAACAUUGUGAUAUGAACGCGUACCACAGAACUACUUCGGGUAAUGGGGAUAGCGGACAGUCAAGAAGGCUUCUAAGUAAGGUUGGGAUCAUUACCGUGCGCCUAUAUCUGAGAUCUCAUCUUAAGGAACUUCAAAAAUUGGUUGUGUGGAAUGGCCACACUAACCACCUUGGUAGGGUUCCAAGCCCACCUAAAACCUCUGCCGUACAUUGGUUCCGGCGCCCAGGUAUUUUCAGUAACAAUUUACGGUGUGGAAUAGACACACUAACCAUCUAAACUAAACUAUAGUUCGAGACCCAUCUAAACUGUCUGUCAUACUUUGGGUGCGACACCCGGUUGCAAUGCAACUCCACAUUCAACUGAAAAAGUGUCAAUUCUUCCCGCAUUUUGGUUUUAACCACAACCACCACGAUACUCCCCGAGGAGCCAGUCCACAUAAGCAUGUUGGAGCGAACUCUACGGUCUCCUGCUUCCCUUAGUACCAGAAUUAAGUCUCCGAUCAGGCCUCGUAGCCGAAACUACUACCAGUUGAGUUUCCAUACAGUACUGGACUGGUCACCAGGGGUUGGACUCCAUAAACAUAUCACAAACACAUUCCACUCAUACAAAAGCUAACUCCAAUUCCCAGCUAAACGACUUCGCCGCUUAAACAGCUCACGCGCAAAUGACCCUAAGGGUUCGACAUUUCAACUAGUGGAGAUCAUACCGUCCAUUAGUCCAGCUUAUCCCCUUACCACCCGGAUCCCUAAUGUCCGAGUACAUCCAGCAUUCUGCAGUUAUAUGCGCCCUUAUAUAUAAGGCACAUAGACCAAAGAUGAUAAAACUUACGAACAUAACCCUUGCAAUUGCCUAGUCUUCAGCAGCUUGACGUAGGAUAUCUUCCACGGCUCGGAAUGUAGUUCGACACAAUGUAGUUCGACGCCUAUUGAGCUUUGUAAAGAUCUAAGUACUUCCAAUUGCAAUCAGACAUUCGUACGACCUCUUCUUUUCAAACAGUGAACUUCGUCUUCAACCGUGAUCGAUAGUCAUAUAAGUUAUCUUAGUAGAAAUGAAAAGAUGAACCUGAAAAGUAUGCCCGCCCUUAUUCCAUUUAUGCCACUCUAAUUCAUAUACAACUAUACCACAAAUCCAUAAAUCCACACAAAGUUAAGUACACUGCAGUACCUCAAUACAUAUCGCAGAACGUAAAUCUGCCUCUCCGUCAUUCAUCAAUCCAUCACUUUGGAUUCGUGCGCGUAUUCGUCUGAGACAGCGGUUUCGCCGCCUGCUAUACAAAUAUCCUGCUAAGCUCGUCGGCUAUGUGGGUUGCAUGCAAGUUGGUCGUCUUUAUACCUUCAAUUAAUUUCACUUCAUUUGCUUAUGAAAACGAGUCGGAAUUUAACUUGCAUCAACAAACACACCCACACUUACACGAGCACGUAUACGAGUACAGUCCGUUAGUUUGCUUAGGACUGAGGAUAUUGAAUAAUGGAUUCGGGUCACAUGAUAUUGAGAUGUGAAGUUGAUAGAGUACCAACUAACUUGUCUCGUCGCAUACAAAGUGUGGAUAUAUUCGUGAAGAGUGUAGGCAACUAGACGUGGGUGGAUUAUUUCGGAAUUUAAGUAAAGCAUUAAGUUAUUUGAGCGAAUAUAAGACUAAGCUAAUCACGUAGCUUGCAAAAUGCGACGCGUUUGUAUAGAGGGUUGAAGCAUAUAAUGACCUAACGGAAAGGCCAAGUUGAGGUGACGUGAAAAAUAUGUGAGAGACGUGUUAAAAUUCUCCACAGAUUGAAAAAAGUUAUUCUGCUGGCUCUUUCUCUUUCUACACUUUUUUAUUUGCUUAUGUAUAUAAUCGAUUUGGACACUGAAGUUGUUUCAUUAUUCGUGUGGAGUUGUGUCUUAUAGAGCUUGUACUUACUAUACUUACGACAUUGUCGGCUUGAUUAGUCAUAUGAUUAUCUGGAGUUCAGAGGACCCUAGCACCAGUCCACACUAAAGCUGUUUUGAACCACAGUCGUCGGCUUCGACAAUCUUUAUCUAUAACAAAAUUCUGUAUAAUAGUUUGAUUUAAUUGUCCACUUUUUUUCAUGGCCAAAAAUAGCCUCAUACUAAUCCACAUAUCAAUUGAACCUAUGUCCAUUAUAGGAAAACCUCAAACUUCAUUUUUAGUUGAAAUCCGAAUUUCUCUGUAAACUGAGUAUUAUCAUAUAGAAGUAGUGCAGUAAACUCAGUACCUGCCGUCGGAAAGAUAUUUUUUUAUUUCACAUUAUGUACUUCUAAAUACUCAUAUGAUACUAUCCAUGGUCUUAUCAAACUUAUUAAAAACAUAUCUAGAAGAUUAAUGUAACUACAUAUAUACUUGCUCAAACACUGGUACUAAAAAUAACCAUGCAACGAUAAGAUCCAGUAGUUGGUGUCUUGACAGAAAUCUUUAGUCCUU